AGAGGAGGAAGGACAGAGCGUCACAUCUCUCCAAACGCCCAUCAAACUUUCACCACAGCCUGUAGAGAGGACCCAGUCCUCUGAACGAGGCCUGUUAGAGACAACACGGACACGCUGGAAUCGGGGCAGACGGCUGGACAGCGAUGGAGACACUACUGGCGAUUACUUUUGGUACAGUUUGAACGUGCUGCGAUUCUCCCUGAAAAUAUCCUGUCCAGUGUUUUCGUCCUUUUGCGACAGAGCGACGGGGAUGGAGCAAGCACCCAGCGCGCCGAGCCCUCCUCCAAAGCCGGUUCAUCAUGAGCCCAUCAGCUUCGGCAUCGACCAGAUCCUGGGAGCCGGUACAGAGCCAGAAAAUGGGCGCACGUCUGGAAGACAAAGUGGAUCCGAUUUAAGCAACGGGGACGGUUAUUACAGUUUAGGUAGCCCGACCGGGGCCAGCGCGCCCUACACCGCGCUGUCUAUCUCCCUCUCCGGUAUAAUGCCUCCGGUGGAGGCUUCAGGUUCAUACGGGGAAAGCAGGACUCUGGGCUGCCGGGGAGUGAUUCGAGUCCCGGCCCACAGACCCAUGACAGCCCCGGGACCCCCGGCCCCUGUCCAGAGCGCUGUCCCGGGUUUUGGAGGACUGUGCUUCCCCUGGAUAGGAAACCGGUUCGCCAAGGACAGAAUAUCAGCGGCUCUGGUGCCGUUCGCCGUUACGCGGCGGAUAGGACACCCGUACCAGAACCGGACACCACCCAAACGGAAAAAGCCCCGCACGUCCUUCUCCAGAGUUCAGAUCUGCGAGCUGGAGAAGCGCUUCCACCGGCAGAAGUACCUGGCGAGCGCCGAGCGGGCCGCCCUGGCCAAGAGUCUGAAGAUGACAGACGCACAAGUGAAAACCUGGUUCCAGAACCGCAGGACCAAGUGGAGGAGACAAACAGCCGAGGAAAGGGAGGCUGAGCGUCAACAGGCCAAUCGCCUCAUCCUUCAGCUGCAGCAGUCCGCCCUCCAGAAGUCCCUCAGCGAAUCAGCGGUGUCGGAUCCACUGUGCGCCCAUAACUCCUCCCUGUAUGCCCUGCAGAACCUCCAGCCCUGGGCGGAGGAGAGGGAAUAGACGCGACUCACACCGCUGUAAUCAAUAAGCAUAUGCUCUUAUCCCUGGGAGGAUAACUUAAUUAAAUUAGACCUACAUGAGGACAGUGGGACUUACUUUGAUCCAUGCAAUGGAUAACAAAAAUGUUGGACCAGAUAAACUGAAGAAUGGGUCCCAGCCAUUUGAGUGGACGGUUGGCAAAAUGGACCUGAAAUGAUGGUGAGUGAUGUUUGUCUUGAAGCAGAAACCGAACUUUCUUGGAAUAAAUCUCGCAACUCUGUACUUGGGUACAAAUCCAAACAGGAAACAGAACUUGUCUUUAAAAAGUGAUUGUCCUCUUAUGCUCUUACUUAUUAUGUGUAUUAGAAUAAGAGGAGACAGAUAUUUACCCCAUAUACCUAAAGGAGCCAAUUCGUUCUCCACAGUGAGACACGGUUGAGAGUUUUGUGAAGGUCUUUCCUCUCAACACCUAACUCCUUAUUAUAAAAACAGACUUUGCAACGCUUUGAAAGGGUUGGCUCUUUUUUUUAGGGGAAGAACUCCAUCCAGCCAUAUAAGGCAAGACCUACAACCCAACACGUAAACAAUAGAGUAUAGGACUUGAAUACAAAUGUUUUAAAUAGGACUCGAAAAAUUCAGAUAAAAGCUGGUUCAGAGAUUCUUUUUUAAAUUGUUCUGGUGCUUAAACUUUCUUCUAAUCUCAUUUAUAAAUAUACCCCCUCCAAUGCACCGCACAGUCACCUGUACAUACACAGGUGUGGUGUACCACCAUAACCAAAAAAGUAUGUCUAAAAUGUUACAUUAUAUGUCAGAAAUGCCUUUGAGCGCAUUAAUAAAAGGAAAAUAAAUUGGAAAGAAGUGAAGAAAAUAUGAAAGAGACUGAGUUGUAAUGAAGGGAGUGAUGCAUGUUCUGUGAUGGUGGUGACGUUUAUUUUUCUUUCAUAUGCACAUUAUCAUGCUUUAUUUGUGUGUCCUUCGGUUAUCGAGGCACACAUGUACAACUCUUUUUGUACUUUCAUUGUAUAUGUGUAAAUAACAAUAUAAACUGUUCUUGUGACCCUUUUUGCUCAUGCUGUUUAUGAUGCACCAUACACAUAAUUUAAAGGUUUUAAUACGCAACAAUCAUAAGCUAUGG